GGCAUGCGUAGAGAAGCUGCGGGCGCAAGGUGGUGGCUUUACCGGGUUGUCCGGCUCUGCCUUGCUUCAAGUGUUCUCGCAGGUUUAGGGACAACGACUGGCAGUCUCAAGGAGAGGAGACAGCAUUCCUGCUCUGGAAGCACGGGUCCGGCGUGGGAGACCGGGCUUCGGUCCCGGGAAUCCGCAGUCUAAAGCAGGAGACUGCCCUAGCCAGGGACGAGCCUCCUCCGUGGGAGAGUCAGGAAACCGUUCCCGAGGUGGGAAACAAGGAUCUGCCUCCCGAGAGCCCCUCUAGAGAAGAUGACUCAAGACCAGCCUUUGCUUGCUGUGCAGGAGGCCCUGAGGAAGUGCUUUCCCGUGGUGGAGGAGCAGCAGGGCCUGUGGCAGAGCACCCUACGGGACUGCCAGCCCCUCCUGGCCUCCCUCAGCAACUUGGCCGAGCAGCUGCAGGCGGCUGAGAACCUGAGAUUCGAGGAUGUGCCGUCACUUCGAGCCUUCCCAGAUUUAAAGGAGCGGCUCAGGCGCAAGCAGCUGGCGGCUGGUGACACUGUCAUGGACAAGCUAGGGGAGAGGCUAGCUGCCCUCCUCAAGGUGCGAGACACAGUCAGCAGCCACGUGGAACGCGUGCUUCAGAUCUAUGUGCAGCGUGCAGACGCGAUCGGCAUUGAUGCCGCCCUGCAGGCCUCCGUUGUGAGCCCCUCUGUGGCCGACAUGUUGGAAUGGUUGCAGGAUAUUGAGAGACAUUAUCGACAUUCGAAGGUACCUGAAGAGGAAGUACCUCCUGUCCUCGAUCCAGUGGGGGGACUUGGCAAACAUCCAGGCUUUGCCCAAGGCCUGGGACCGAAUUUCGGAAGAUGAACACCAAGACCUUGUACGGGGUAUGGUUUUUGUUUAUUCCCUCAUGUCUCCUCUCCUCCUUUGUUUCCCUUCUUGGGAAGCAUUAUAGAGAUGCUCUCGCAGUACCUCUGAAUCGGUUAUAAAUCUGAUGUUUUGCGUUCUUGGGAGAGGUGGCAUGCCACAGUUGUUCUCUUCCUGUUCCAGAUGUCCUGUUGCAUGUUUCCUUCUUCCUGGAAGAGUAAGGAAGCUGUGUGUUUAUGUGUAGACGAAGGGGAUGCAGUUGAAGACCGGCAUUGCUGCAGUCUGGUAUUUCUAAAGAAGUGUCAGUAUUGCACCUGACAUAUUGGAAAAACCAAUGGCUGGAGCCUAAGGACUGGCUCUUGGGAGGGUUGUGCUAGAUGUUUCUGUUGGGGCUUCUCCUGGCCAGGUCAUGGCUGAGGGUGCAUGGACCACCCCUUGCCCUUUCCUAAGGCUCAGGGGAGUGGAAGGAGGCAGGGAGAAUGCAGGAAAGGCACUGCAGAAGAACACCUGGCGUGGAAGCAACAGCCACAGAGGUUGUAGACAAGGAAAGGACGGGGUAGAGAGUGGCACUGCUCGCCAUCAUCUGAGCCUGGUUGACACCAGGUCCUGGUUUCCUGUGUUUGUGUCAAUACCUGAAUCCUUGAUGAAAGAGAAAGGGGCUUUGAUGAUUUAAAGAAAUAAGGGUGAUGGUGGUGGAAAACAGUAAUGGUUUUCUGUUUGCAGUAACUCCUUAUGGUCAGAAGAUGUCAGUUUCCAGAGCCUACCACCAGGGGGCGGUGGUGCAGCAUGAAUUAUUCUGAACGCCUUGUCUUUGAGGGUUUCCCUAUUGCUCUUCCUGUCUGAGAGGCAGUAACUAGGUAUAGUGGGACUCCUAAAAUGACAAGGUUUUUUUGACCAAAGCUGGCAACUGACUUGCCACAUUCCUCUCAUCUUGGAGUAGCUGUCUGUGUGGGAGAGCACCAGCCCAGAGUCAGGCGAUUAGGAUUGCGUUUCUGAGGUCCAGCGCCUUCGUCUGUGAAAUGGUCGUGGUACUUCCAGACCUGUCACCUUCCUGGGCUCUUGUGAGAAUCUGGGUCAUUAGAUGUAAAGGGGCUUAAUAAAGAGUAUAGAUGUUUUUCAAAAUGAAAAUGAGUUUUUCUUACUACCAAAGUGAUAUGUGGUUUUUAAAAAAUCAUAGGAAAAUUGUAGAAAAAACUUAAAAUGUAGAAAAAUAUAAAACAGACUCCACCAGAGAUAUUUUGAUAUGUAUCCUUUUAGUGUCCAUAUUCACAAAUUAAAAAAUAUAUAUAUGGUAUCAUUCAUACAUAGUUAUUUAAAUUGUUUUUUGUUUUUGUUUUUUUGUGAGGAAGAUCAGCCCUGAGCUAACAUCCGUGCUAAUCCUCCUCUUUUUGCUGAGGAAGACCGGCUCUGAGCUAACAUCCAUUGCCAAUCCUCCUCCUUUUUUUUUUUU